AUGGCGAGUGGGGUUUGGAGCAAGAGGCUCCGUAUCCCAUACUUUGUUCCAUGUGGAGUGCCAGGGCUGCAUUCUGAACAUCCCUUGACAUCUGAGGACCAAAUCAAGCUCCGCAUGAUAAUCAACAGAGGACCUACUCACACAGAAUGGACUUACCUUUCACUUCAAGGCACUACUCCUGACAGGACCAGUUUGGCACAAGUGAAAGUUAUUCAGAAUAAGAAAUCAUUUCCAGCAAUAGCAUGUUUUCACCUUUUCCAUCAUUGCCAGCAAGUGCUUUCUCGGCACAACAUUACUUCUGGAAAGAUUUUUGUGGAGCAUCAAGAGAAAGAUGCAAAAUACAUGUUUGUUGUCUUGCUUGAACUUUAUUUUGCAUGUAAGAUGCAGAGAGCUCAAAGAAUCAUACUCAUUUCCAUCUUGAGGAUCAUUACAAAGGCAUCACUCCCUCAGAACCCUCAACGUCUCCGAACAAGUGCUCACUUCUACCUUAUAGUUACUGCCAUCAUUCUGCUGUGUUGGGCUCUCUCUUCCAAUUUGUUAUACAAACUACCAGAUAUGGAACAGAAUUACAAACUUGCUCCUGAUGAUUCACUGUUUCCAAAACCAAAAUUUCUGGCUGUAGCAAGGAAAGUCCGAUGGCCAGCUUUUGGUGUUCUCAUGAUUUUUAUCGUGACUUUGUCUCUAUUUCCUGGUUUCAUAGCAGAAGAUAUCUCGUCCAAGUUACUAAAAGAUAAGUAUCCCGUUUUGCUGAUAACAAUAUACAAUGUCGCAGACUUCGCAGGGAAAUCUUUAACCACAAUAUAUGUUCUGCAGAGCAUUAAGAAGGCAACAUGGGGUUGCAUUCUCAGGCUUGUGUUCUAUCCUCUCUUUGCAGCUUGUCUCAAUGGACCCAAGUGGCUGGAAACUGAAGUACCCGUGGCAAUUCUAACUUUCAUGCUCGGAGUGACUAAUGGCUAUCUGACAAGUGUUCUCAUGAUCCUUGCUCCCAUGGCAGUAUCAGUUUCAGAAGCAGAGUUAUCUGCAAUUGCAAUGGUUGUGUUCCUAGGAAUAGGGCUGGUUGGUGGAUCAGUUAUUGGCUGGUUUUGGAUCAUUUAUGCCUUUUUCGGUCUCUCGGGCUAGUUGGGAACAGAUUAUAUUCACAAGUAAAAUUCAAGAACAAAGGUAACUUGAGGUUAGCACUAGGAAUAAUCGAUGGCAAUUCCCAUUGCAUGAUAUGAAUUUAGAGCUAUCAAUCUAUAGUUUCCCAAUCAGCAGCUGAUUUCCUGUUCUGUGUGAAAGUAUCCUUAUCCUCUGUGUGUUGAAGAAGAUUAGAGUAUUCUUCUUACCCUUUCUAAAGCACAGGCUUAACUCUCCAAAUAUUCCCAUUUGCACUCGAUAGGUUGAGUUGCAAGCAUAGCUUUUCUGUCGUAGAGCUCCAAUACUUGAUGUGAAGGCAAGCCCUAACAACUCGCGCCUUGGCAAACUGGUAGAUCAGGCCCUAUUACUCUAUAGAAAUUUUAACACUCCUAGGACUUGCUAAGUUUGAACAGAAAUCAGCUCGUUAAAUUAUUGAAUACAGGGGAAGAUAAAUAAUGAUAAUUUAACGAUUUAAUCUAUCCAGGCUUUAUCAUUUCCUUGAUUCCUUCAAUAAUUAAAGGUGAAGCAUAAACCCUAAAUAAAAUUGAAGAGGCAAUACAUAACAUGCUAAACGCGUUGUUAUUGUAUCUAAAGCAUUGGACAGUCUUUUCUGUCCAACCACGAUGCUUAUCUAUAGGGGGGGUACUUGCAUGACCAGAGGAAAGGAGAUUUCAAACUUCAAAGUUUCAGCAAAACUUCAGUAUGCAGUGGCAGCAAUACCUGCCAGAACAAAAGAAAUUUAUUGACAAAUAUAUAACAAGCCAAGCAGAAAGUAAGAGAGGUAAUGCCACAAAAACUCGUCUUAUCUUUUAUUUUUCUUUCUAAAUCAAAUUGCCAGACGAGCAAAGCAUGGUAAUUAAACAACUCAACUGAGCAGCUUAAAAGGUUACUAG